UGUCAGGGAGAUGAGCGAAUUGGGUACAUGUGACGAAGGAACAGGCGGCCAGGGAAACAGAUAGGAAAGUAUGAGCCAGUCCGUCUGACACUCAUACUGGACUGGGGAACCCGCCACCGUCUAACUGAUUCCCCUCUGCUGUCGGGCACUCCGACCCCCUACGCACCCUCCUACCGCAGACAUGGGGAUCACGAGAGAGAGCUGCGGUGCUGUGGCCCCCCCCUGCCGGCCCCUCCGAGUCGGGUUCUAUGAUAUUAAGGAGACUCUUGGGAAAGGGAACUUUGCUGUAGUGAAACUGGCGCAGCACCGGGUCACUAACACACAGGUCGCUAUAAAAAUCAUAGAUAAAACUCGCCUGGAUCCCGGCAAUCUGGAGAAGAUUUACAGAGAAGUGGAAAUUAUGAAGAAACUCAAACACCCGCACAUAAUCCGACUCUACCAGGUGAUGGAGACCAAAGACAUGAUCUACAUUGUAACUGAAUACGCCAAAAAUGGGGAGCUGUUUGAUUACCUGACGGCAAGGGGGCGCCUGACAGAGGAGGAGGCCAGACAUAAGUUCCUGCAGAUCCUCUCAGCCGUUGAGUUCUGUCACUCAAACAGUGUGGUCCAUAGGGACCUGAAGACUGAGAACCUGCUGCUCACUGAGAACAUGGACCUUAAGCUGGCAGACUUUGGAUUUGGAAACUUCUAUAGAGAAGGGCAAGCACUAAACACAUGGUGCGGGAGCCCACCAUACGCUGCACCAGAAGUCUUCCAGGGGCAAGAAUACCAGGGGCCACCCCUUGAUAUCUGGAGUUUGGGGGUAGUACUGUAUGCCUUGAUUUGUGGCACAUUCCCGUUUGAUGCACCCAACCUGCCCACCCUGCGCCAGAGGGUCCUGGAGGGGAGAUUCCGAAUCCCAUACUUCAUGUCUCAGGACUGUGAGUCUCUGAUUCGGCGGAUGUUGGUUGUGGACCCAGCAAAGCGACUGACUAUCGCCCAGAUAAAGCAGCAUCGGUGGGUACAGAUGGGCAACUACCAGCCUCCACUGUACGAUACCCUCUCCCCAGCUCAGCCCUGUCUGCAGGUUCUCAGUAUCAUGCAGAGUCUGGGCAUUGACCGAGAGCGCACCCUGCAGGCUCUACACAACAACAGUUACAAUCACUACGCUGCUAUUUACUUACUGCUGCUUGAGAGACUUCAGGAACCCCGACUUUGUACCCCUACACCCCCUUCUCCAGUGCCACCUACCAGUAAUAACGUACUCCCCCUUGGCACAUCUGGGAGCCCGCUAGUGUGCAACCCUCAGGCAGCACCCAUGGACUGUGACUGUGGCCUCAGCUUCCCAUUACAGUCCAUGUUGUAUCUGGAAGAGACCCCCUGUGUUGGGAGCUCAUGUGCUGCUCAGGGACCCCCCACUCUGAUCCAGGGCCCCCCACCCUGUGAGGAACCAAAGUUACAGAAGGAAAUCCUAAAGGUUGUUCCAGGUCCUUCUGCUUUUCACAGUCCAGAGAGCUUCUCUUUGCCCCCCUGGAUACCAGUGCCCACCGGGCCCCAUGAGACUUGCUGCCCUACCCCACUGAGCGCACACUCUGCCACUCCAGUCCUACAGGCUCAGAGUUCAGUGGCACCAAACGGACUCCUUCCCAUCACCUUCCAGGAGGGACGAAGAGCAUCGGAUACCUCUCUCACUCAGGGUGCCAUUGCUCUGCGGCAAUUGCGCAAGUCUGUGCGAGUCCGAGGGCUCUUCAGUCUCAGUAAGAUUCGUGCUGUGAACCGACAUUGCGUGGUGCGCUGCACUCACAACUCCCACAGCCCCCCACAAAAUGGGAGGGAACCCAAAGACUUCCUGCAAGAUGUUCUGCAGCAGCAACAGCGGCUCCUCCAAAUUACACUUUCCCCCCCAAGCCCCAAGUUGCCCGACUGUGCCCUGCUGCUGCCUCAGGACUCCAGUGCCCAUUCCAGCCCACUCCUUUCUUUUUCCUACAAGGGCAGCGUGGCUCUGGGGCACCCCCUACAGGUCAGAGGCCAGAUCCUCACACCGUGUAACACAGACUGCAGUGUACAGGUAGCCCCUCAGAGGGCAGGGACCCACAGCUGUGUCCUCAUGGCAUAGAGAAGGGCACACAGGGAUGGACGAGAGACUUGGCACACACUACAGCCUGGCGAAGGGCUCCAGACGUGCAACUGAUCCAAUCAAAGCACAGAUUUUCGAACAAGCAAUAUAGUGUUUUCUACUGGAACAAUUGGUUGUGACUGAGGCUGAACUGACAGAGUUGGCUCACAUGUAGCAAUAUGGGGACCCCACUGUUACUGGCGGGGCCCCAGAAUGAACUGUCUGUCUUGUGAAUGCAGCGCAUCAUGCACUAUCUCAGCUUUACACCAUGACAAUACAUGGACCUAGGGCUCCCACUUAGUCUGGGGGCAGUAUUUGGGCACAGACUACAAUAGUUAGCUCUAAUAGUUAGAGGUAUGGAGAGAUGAAGGGGUCCCACUUUGUCUGGGGGGGGCAGUAUUUGGGCACAGACUACAAUAGUAAGCUCUAAGUGUUAGGGGUAAAGAGAGAUGAAGGGGUCCCACUUUGUCUGGGGGGCAGUAUUUGGGCAGAGACUGCAAUAGUAAGCUCUAAGGGUUAGGGGUAAAGAGAGAUGAAGGGGUCCCACUUUGUCUGGGGGGGGCAGUAUUUGGGCACAGACUACAAUAGUAAGCUCUAAGGGUUAGGGGUAUGGAAAGAUGAAGGGGUCCCACUUUGUCUGGGGGGCAGUAUUUGGGCACAGACUGCAAUAGUAAGCUCUAAGGGUUAGGGGUAAAGAGAGAUGAAGGGGUCCCAUUGUGUCUAGGGGGCAAUAUUUGGGUACAGAAUAUGAUUGUAAUUCCCAUAAGAUCAGAGGUGGUGGGGCCAGUUUUUGGGAACACAAUGUGACUGCAAACUCUGUGAAUCAGGGCACAGACAGAUGAGGGGAUCUCUUUUACUUUAUGUAGACAGUAUUUUGGCACAGAAUUAGAUUGUAAGCUCUGUGGCUAUAUGGUAAGGGCAGUAUUUGGGACACAAAAUUCCCAGCUCAGUGGGUCUACAGCAAUAUGUCCCGUCUGUUUGUACUCCCAAAUAAUGGCUCCCACAUGUUAUUCCCACUCUCCCUGUCACAUGCACUUUAUCUGUUCCAGCGAUGAGCAGAGGAAUGUACAACGGGGCUCCAUGGCACUGACUGGGGCUGUUACUGUGUAAUUGCCCCAGCGCUAUUUAUACGCUAAGCAAAACUGACGCAAUAAAUUAUUUUUGUAUA